AUGGAUUCAGAUUGUAGCUAUCACUACACGGAUAAUUUCCUCAUCGACCCAUACAGGGAGGAGUUGAAGGAAGAGAAGAGGCGCCGCAAGGAAAUGGAGAAGAUGAAGCAGCAUUGGGACAGGGUUGGAUUCGUCGCCGACGGCCAAUAUGGGAUUCCGAGAAGAUGCCCAUGUGGUGGAUAUAUCAAGCAUGAUGAUGAUGGACUCCACUUUCGUCAGCCAUGGGUUUUCGGAGUCGAACAAGAGAUUGAGAAGCUAGUUACGAAAGUUGAAGAGCAAAGCAUGACGAUUGAACAAAAGCGAAAACAGAUUCAGAUCCAAGCCGAAGAGAUAGACAAGCUCAAGAUUUAACGAAUCUGCAAUUUCCUUUAAUUAUUGUUUUAAUUGUUGUUUCAAUCGUUGUUCAAGACUAAUGUUUCGAUUUUGCUUGUAUUUUCUUAAAUUAUCAAA